AAGUAGAAAAAAAAAAGGAAGAAAAAGAAGAAGGAGACGGGAGGCAGAAAGAGAGGAAGAAAGGAAAAGAAAGAGAGGAAGAAGAGGAAAUGAGGAAACGGAAGAGAAGUGGUGAUAUAUAUAAGACUUAUACGGACCGAAAUCGGUCCGUAUAAUCCUCAUUGGCACGCCACACCAAAAAAUUUCAAUUUUUCCGCGAAAAUUUUUGGCGCAUUAAUCAUAUUCAGACCGAAAUCGGUUUGAAUAUAAAUAAAUUAGCGCAGAAUCAAUAAGAUUCAAAUUAACAGCAAAAAUUUGGCGCAUGAAUUAAUUACGGACCGAUUUCGGUCCGAAUAUAUUCACCAAUUUUGGUCCGAAUAUAGUAGAAAAAAUCUAGAAACUUUUUCCAGUGCACAUUUUUAUUCUUUUCAUUUAAGGACAUUACCAUCUUCUCGUGUUCUAAAUCCAUUCCUGCGAAAACCAAUUGCAUGUACAUCGACCCUAUAGUCCCUUGGAACCACAAAACCAUCGAUUGUCUAGCUGAAAUUAUCUUACGAUACUACGGAUUCUCAUGCCUGGAGAAAAUUGCCUUUUUAUUGCUAGUUAAAUCGCCUUCGAAGAUCAAGUGUUUUCUGAAGUUCAACAACAACAGGUUAGUUAAGAGGAUGCAACAGAGGCCAUAAACCGGUAAGUAUACUCCUUGUUCUUUAUCAUAUUUUUGUUUCUCUAUUUGUUAGUUUCAAGUCCAUUGCUGCAUUUGAUUGAGAUUAAUACGUGUCAAUACCAGUUUUUGCCACUUAUUAUUUUUAUUUUUUGUCAUAACGCUACUGUCAUGUCUUUUUUUGUUUCAUAAUGGCCUUCGGUUGCUGCAUUUGUUUAAGAAUAUAUGUUAAUACCAGUUUUCUCCACUUAUUAUUUUUAUUUUUUGUCAUGACCUUGCUGCCAUGUCUUUUUUUGUUUCGUAAUGGCCUUCGGUUGCUUCACUGGCCGGAGCAAAAUUUAAGGUUCUGCUCUUGUCAGCGAAGCAACUUACCAAAGCAGAAAUUUAAUUUUUGAAACAAUUAUUAAGCAAUUUUUAUAUUACGUGUUCAUUGUCGGUAAAAGUAAAAUUUUUGCAAAAUCAUCUUUUAAUGCUCUUGCAAGUGUCACUUUAAUUUGUAUUUAUCAGUUUUUUAAUUCAAACUCAUAUUAUGACCCAAAAAAAGAUAUGGUAAAGUAUUGGGCUUCUCUUGUGGUUGGUUUCGGUGAAUAAUGGAGUAAUUUAAUAAAUUAAACAAAUCACAGCAAGUAAAAACGAAUAAGUAAUUCCAUUACAAGUUUAAAGGGUACAUUUGUAAAUUUAAAAUUAAUUUAAAUCAUUCCCUUCCUUCUCUUCUUUUUACUUUAAUUAUCCAAACAUAAAAUAAUACAAUCCUUCCCUUCCCUUUCCUUUUUUCAUUUUUAUUUAUCCAAAUAAAAUUAACACAAAUCA